AUGGAGGUGUGGAGCAGCGAAGAAGAAAAGGGUCUGACUGAACUGGAGGGCUCGACAGGCACCAUGAUAGCCUUGAACUCCUCCAGCCACCUCCUCCUCUACUAUGAUGCUGCUAACCACACCAACUACACCACCACCAACAACAUCACCUAUUUCCCUUACUACCAGCACUCCCUCCCUGUGGCUGCUAGCUUCAUCCUGGCCUACCUGUUCAUCUUCCUGCUGUGCAUGGUGGGUAAUGUYCUGGUGUGUCUGAUCGUGCUGGGGAACCGCCGCAUGAGAACCGUCACCAACCUUUUCAUCCUCAACCUGGCGGUCAGCGACCUGUUGGUGGGCAUUUUCUGCAUCCCCACAACACUGGUGGACAACCUCAUCACAGGCUGGCCGUUUACCAACACUGUGUGUAAACUGAGUGGUCUGGUGCAGGGGAUGUCUGUGGCUGCCUCAGUCUUCACCCUGGUGGCCAUCGCAGUGGACAGGUUCCGCUGCAUUGUGUACCCUUUUCAGCCCAAACUCACCCUCCUAGUUGCCAAGGCGACCAUAGCGAUGAUCUGGGUUCUGGCCGUGGUAAUCAUGUGUCCCUCAGCAGCUGCCCUGACCGUGGAGGAGGUGGCUGAUCACUACAUGGUUUACAGCCAGAACUACAACAUGACCUACCCCCUGUACUCCUGCUAUGAGAACUUUGCUGACCCGAAGAUGAGAAAGGUCUACACCACGGUUCUGUUCGCACACAUCUACUUGGUGCCCCUGACUCUCAUCACCGUCAUGUACGGGCGCAUCGGGGUGAAGCUCUACACCUCUGUGGUGUCAAGCAGAGAACCUCAGGAUGCAGCACCUCCUCCCCCCCCAGCCAGGCAUGAGGGGGGAAGGCCACAGAUCUCCCAGAAGAAGAUCAAGGUGAUCAAGAUGCUGAUUGUGGUGGCCCUGUUGUUCAUGCUGUCCUGGCUGCCGCUGUGGACUCUGAUGCUGCUGACGGACUACGGAGGGCUGGGAGAGGAACAGCUGGAGCUCCUCACCGGAUACAUCUUUCCCUUCGCCCACUGGCUAGCCUUUUCCAACUCCUCUGUCAACCCCAUCAUCUACGGAUACUUCAACGAGAACUUCAAGAGGGGCUUCCAGGCCGUCUGCCAGACCAACUCUUGUUGCCGCACAGGGAAUAGGGGUGAGGUAACGGGAAGGGGAACUAGGGAAGGUAGAGCAAGAGGUGGGGGUAAUGGUGGAUUGGAUGGAGGCGGACUGAGGGAUCCCACAAGCAACCCCAAUCCUCUCUUGUUUGGGGCAAGAAACAAAGUAUACACCGACGGUAAUGUGGCAGACUCUGUGCUCCUUGAGCUGGAGUUGAAGAAGAAUUCUAAGGUGGGAAGCAACACAGUCCAUGUUGAGGGCAUGGGGACUGGGGCGAGUGGAGGAAUGGGAAUUGGCUAUGUGAUGAACAAAAAGGGGAUUCUUGUUGAGGAGCCCACCAGCCCAAUGGGAGUGUGUCAGGCCUGGGAUCAUUAGUGGGGAUUGAAACCAUGGAGGUGAUUUCAGCAUCCCUUAUGAAUAGAAAAGAUAGGCACAGUCUUAUUUAAUUUUUCAGAUGGUGUGG